GCGCCGACCUCCCCGCCCGCCCGCUCGCCCGCCCCCAGCGCCUCGGCCGCGUCCGCCCCGCACCGCACCGCACCGCCUCGGACGCCGCACCGCACCGCACCGCCGCGCCGCGCCGCGCAGCCGCAGCCAUGAGCCGCCGAGUCGUGCGCCAGAGCAAGUUCCGGCACGUCUUCGGGCAGCCGGUGAAGGCCGACCAGAUGUACGAGGACAUCCGUGUCUCCAAGGUCACCUGGGACAGCUCUUUCUGUGCCGUCAACCCCAAGUUCGUGGCCAUCAUCGUGGAGGCCGGUGGUGGGGGCGCCUUCAUGGUGCUGCCCCUCUCCAAGACGGGGCGCGUGGAUAAGAACCACCCGCUGGUGACCGGGCACACGGCGCCCAUCCUGGACAUCGACUGGUGCCCGCACAACGACAACGUCAUCGCCAGUGCCUCCGAGGACACCACCGUCAUGGUCUGGCAGAUCCCCGAUUACGUGCCCAUGCGCAACAUGACGGAGCCCGUGGUCACGCUCGAGGGGCACUCGAAGCGCGUGGGCAUCCUCACCUGGCACCCCACUGCCCGCAACGUACUGCUCAGCGCAGGUGGCGACAACCUGGUGAUCCUGUGGAACGUGGGCACGGGCGAGAUGCUGCUGCGGCUGGACGAGGUGCACACCGACCUCAUCUACAACGUCUGCUGGAACCGCAACGGCAGCCUGCUCGUCACCACCUGCAAGGACAAGCACGUGCGCGUCAUCGACCCCCGCAAGCAGCAGGUCGUGGCGGAGAGGUUUGCGCCCCACGAAGGGAUGCGGCCCCUGCGGGCCAUCUUCACGCGGGAAGGCUACAUCUUUACCACGGGCUUUACCCGGAUGAGCCAGCGGGAGCUGGGCUUGUGGGACCCGAAGAGCUUCGAGGAGCCCAUCGCCCUGCAGGAGAUGGACACCAGCAACGGGGUGCUGCUGCCCUUCUACGACCCCGACUCCAGCAUCGUCUACCUGUGCGGCAAGGGGGACAGCAGCAUCCGGUACUUCGAGAUCACGGACGAGCCGCCCUACGUGCACUACUUGAGCACCUACAGCAGCAAGGAGCCGCAGCGCGGCAUGGGCUUCAUGCCCAAGAGGGGCCUGGACGUCAGCAAGUGCGAGAUCGCCCGGUUCUUCAAGCUGCACGAGCGGAAGUGUGAGCCCAUUGCCAUGACGGUGCCACGCAAGUCCGACCUGUUCCAAGACGACCUGUACCCCGACACGCCGGGCCCCGAGCCUGCGCUGGAGGCGGACGAGUGGCUUUCGGGGAAGGACGCGGAGCCCAUCCUCGUCUCGCUGCGCGACGGCUACGUGCCCGUCAAGAACCGCGAGCUCAAGGUGGUCAGGAAGAACGUCCUGGACAACCGGCCACCGCUGGGGCCGCGCCGCAGCCAGUCCUCCUGUGACGCCAACUUCUCGCGCCUGACGCUGGAGGAGCUGCUGGAGGAGAUCCGGGCGCUGAGACAGGCCGUCCAGGCCCAGGAGAAGCGCAUCUCCGAGCUGGAGCACAAGCUGGGCCAGUUCACCAACGGCACGGACUAGCGGCCCCCGCCCCGCGGCCGGCCAGGACUGGGCCCAGCCCUGCUGACGGGAUUAAAACCCAAGCCCGAGCGGGGAGGCCGAGCCGUGUUCUUUCCCGGGGCUGCGGGGGCGCGUGCCCUCGGCCACCCCGGUACCGCUCCCCGCCGCGGCCCCCGGCGAGACACGGCUGUGCCCUGCGAUGGACUGCGAUGGAGCCCUGUGCUCUGGGGGCUCCCGAGGGCUCGCCUCCCCCCGCGGGGUGUGGGGUGCAGGACGGGUCCCUAGGCCAGGGGCCGGGUGCUUGCAGGGAAAGGCCUCAACUUGCUCCGUGGGGCAGGGGCGCUGUGCUGUGCUGUGCUGUGCUGCGCGUGCUGGGGUCCAGCCCCCGGGGACAGGCAGCCUGGGGCCAGCUCGGCCCGGGGGACAGGAGUGGCUCUGAGGACACUGGACCUCAUGGGCAGAGCCAGCGACGUAGGGACCCAGCUGGGGUCCGGGGGGUCUAUGGGGGCAGAGCCUGGGCUCACGGGCCAGGCCAGCCGUGGGCAUGGGGGUGUCCUCGGGGCACCUGUGACCUCAGGGCCAGUCAGGGGCAUCUUGCUGUCCGGGGUGGGGGUGCCCGCAGGCAGGGUGCUGAGCCCCACUGGGGAUGCAGCGAGCUUAGGGAGCGCUCGAGGCCGCAUCCAUCCACCCUCUCGGCAGCUCCACGGCCCCCGCUAAUAAACAGCUAAUUGCUCCGA